AUGGAACCUUUGAUCAUUAAUCUCGUCGGUUUGUCGGAUACCGAAGCAGCUUUGUUUGCUGAAGCCGGUAUCACCGAUCGGACUACCAUCGCGUCGUUGGACCUUCCCGCGUUCACGCAAGUGUUGGGAGACCAGGUUGGGACGCUGGCGAAGCGAUACAAACUGAAGCGUGUGGCUGAGUACCUCAGCAGCGGUAAGGAAAUCGGUCCCGAUACGACGAUGGGAGAGAUCAACCUCGCGUUGUCAUCUAACCAUCAGAAUGUUGGAGCCAAUGCUCCUAACCCGGCUGCUGGACUUGACCCUCGCCACGGAACGAUGAAAGCGAGCAUUAACACGAUCUCGAAGUUUUCAGGUGAUCUGGAAGAUUUCGAAGACUGGUCGACGAAAACCGCAGCGGCUCUCGGAAUCACCGUUUACCGUAAACUUCUCGACGGUCCUCCGGAAGUCGGAAAUGAUUUCGAUGCCGCCAGAAACAAUGAGCUCUAUCACAUGUUUGUGAUUGCUCUUGUGGAUGGUGCUGCAAUGCAUAUCAUGGAAGACGUGAAGGACCAGAAUGGAUACGCCGCGUGGAUGGCUAUCAAGGAAUGGUAUGGUAUGUCGGAUACCGGUCGGACGAUCAUCGACAAGUAUCGUAGCAAGCUGGACACGCUACUGCUUGACGAUGCGACCCCAGCCGGGACUUUUGUCAACCAUUUCAAGAGAUUCAGCCAGAAGCUCGAAGAAAACGGUGAGGGCUACACGGCGGAUACGAAACGACGUCAGUUUCUCGACAAGAUCAUUGACGAAGACUACGAUGUGGUCAAACAGCAGUUGGAAGGCGAUUCGACUGCGGAUUUUAAUGAAUGUGUUGCGCGCAUUCGUAUGCGCGAGCAAGUCCUCAUGAAGGACUCCACUUUGUCGGCCAAGAAAGCUAGACGGUUCAAGUCGAGCGAGGGCGGCAAGUCGAACAGUGGAGGUCCGUCAAGUGGGAAAAUUCCUUCGAUUCCGAACUCUAUACUUAACCUGGUCAAGCCGGCAAGUGCUCGCAAGAAUCUAAUCAAGUGGAGGGGAGUUUGGAACUCCGAAGGGCGCAUUCUUCGAUCGGACGAACUGGCAAGCACUGAGUAUGACGGGAAAGGUAAAACCCCGUCGAAAAGAGAGCACGACAAUGGCAGUUCCGACGAAUCCGUCAAGACCCGCAACACCCAAGGCAAGGGGGGUUCCUCGUCCAAGAAGGGCAAGAGAGGCAAGGGGAGGCGAAUCACCGGUGUUGUCCGUCGAACGGAAACGAAGACAUCCGGCACGCCUGACUCCUCCAUCCGGAUCAGUAUGAAGGAUCCGGACGACCACGUCGAAGGUGAUGAGUAUGACGAUGUCGAAAUUGAGUCCGGUCAAGAGGAUGAUUCUACUGCACCUGUGAAGAAAGAACGGGCGAAAAAGCAGAAGAAUCCGUCGAAGCGGAAGCACAAGCGUGCCAAGUCUCGUCGAAGCCUCAUCUCCCGCCGCGGACGCGUAGGCAACGAGAAACCAAGAGCUAUCCUAGACCCAGGGACUGAAUGCGACAUUGUUGGCGGGGACGUAUGGACAGUUCUGGAAAAGGUGAUCGGUGUAGAAGCCCAGCUAGGCGGAGCUUUAGCAGGGAUGGGCAAAUGCAGCCUGCCACUGGUUAACGCGGUGGCUGCGUACGAUCAUCCUAAAGAAGGAACGAUCCUAAUUGGUGCCGGUAACGUGGGAUAUGAUGAAAGAAGCACCCAGACGGAGUCGUUGUUCAACACACACGAGUUACGAAAACACGGUGUCAUUGUUUCGGACACGACCAUCCGGGAUGGAGGGCUUCAAAGCAUUGAAGUCGACGGAAUUUCCAUUGCAUUGGACUUUGUCGACGAGAAAACGCUUUCGUUCUACCUACGCAAACCGACCGAAAAGGAGCUAGAGAACUUGGAAAUUCACUGGUUAAGUCCUCGAAGGCUAGUUAGAUCUAGCAUCCAUCCUAUUCGACGCACGCCGGUUGCUAUAGUUCCUGAGCGGGCUCCAUGGGCCGAACGGCUUGGAAACUGCCCGGAGUUUACGUUAUCGAAGACUCUCCUGGCGACGACGCAACUAUGUGCUGCCCCGGUCGAAAUGGAUAAACGAGAAGCUCCGCGUCAGCAUCGCAAGUCUCGCAUUCAUGCUUUGCAUCCUCGUCGAAUCGAGGGUCGCACUGAUUCGGAUACAUUCUUCUCGUCCGUUGAGUCUAUUGAAGGGUUUCUGUGCGUGCAGAUUUUCUUUUGCCAUGAAUCUAACUAUACUUAUGUUCGAGGUAUGAGAAAGGAGUCGCAGUCGCACGGAGCGUAUCAAGAUUUUAUACGGAAUGUGGGAGCACCUAAUGUUCUAUUAACCGACAAUGCUAGAACGCAAAUCGGUAAAAAGUGGACUAAGACUAGUCGGGAAAAUGUAACUCGACAGAUCAAGUCCGUUCCGAACAAUCAAAACCAAAACCAAGCCGAACGCAAAAUUCAAGACGUGAAAAAGCGAACUAUUCUCACUUUGCGAUAUGGAAAAACACCGCUCACAUUUUGGUGUUUUUGCCAACAAUUUAUUGUUGACUGUUUGAAUCAUUCGGCUCACAAGGAUUUAAAUUUUCGCACCCCGAUGGAAAAAAUGUACGGUCACACGCCGGAUAUUUCCAUGUUUCGAUUCCGAUUCUGGGAACCCGUUUGGUACUAUGAACCAACGGCCAAGUACCCAGCUCCUAAUUUUCUCCCUGGUCGUUUUGUUGGAAUUGCCUGGGACCAUGGCGACGCUUUUACUUACAAGAUUUGGACUACUCCCAAUAACGAUUGGAAGCAAGGUCGCGAGCUUGUUCGAAAUGUCGUCCGCUCGCGUCAUUUGGAGGAAAAGGAGCCAGUGGUCUCCUACCAAGAUGAAGAUCUUCUCUUCAGCAAGACGCAGCCGUCGCGUACGCAGCGUCGUCGCUCGAAAAAGCGAAACUCUCGUAGCGACGACUCCCGUGGAGCCAAAGAAAGAAAUUUGGACGGUAGUGAAUUGGAGUCACUGGUCCGUUUUGAUGAUACUCCUCCUAUCACCAGCGUGGAUUCAGAGGAGCAGGGGGGCGACAAAGCGGAAAGCCAAAGCGAUCACUGUUCUCCCGUCGAAGUUGAAACGUCCGACGGUGACGAGCUGUACGAAGACAGUGAGUCAAAGACAACUAACUCUACUAUCAACUCGAAGAGGGCUCGCGAGGAGGUCGACGGUUCAGCACUUCAGUCUUUCGACCCGCUAAACAACGACGCGGAGGUCGAAAUGACAAGCGAGAUCAACGACUACCUAGACAUAAACGAGUCCACGGCUUCAGGAGUUGGCGGAGCCCAUGUCACGAAAAUCGUCGGACACAAUUGGAUGGACGGUCGACUCAAGUUGAAGGUAACUUGGGCCACCGAGCAGACGACUUGGGAGGAGCUUCGAGACAUGAAAGAGGAUCACCCCAAGAUGACUGCAGAAUACAUCGUGAGCACAGGCGGCGUUAGUAGGUCAACAACGAGAGGAGACCGAACACUAGACUGGGCAAAGAAGACACUUCGCGAUCUGCAACGAGCAGUACGAAGAGUUGCUAGGCUACGCGUUCAAAAACGUAAGAAGAAGAAGAUCUACUCUAUUAAGCCUAUUUUGAAAUAUGGCCACACGAGACACUUCGGCAUGUCACCAGAUGACGCAGACGGUGCGUGUGUCAUCCGUCGCUACUUUCCUUUGUCCGUGCAACUAUGGAAGCCAUUCGCUGGUUCUAGUAACAUGUAA